UGUAAAAACAGGCUUUAAGCUUCUGAGCAUGCGCUUGACUAACUUCUUUACUUUCUGCCAUUUGAAGAGAACUGGAGGAAGAUGACCAGGAUGCUGCACGUGUUUGUAAUCCUUUCUCUGCUGGCUCUGGGCUCAGGAGAAGAGGGCGCCCGUUUGUUGGCCUCCAAAUCCCUCCUGAACCGCUAUGCUGUGGAGGGCCGCGACCUGACCCUCCAGUACAGCAUCUACAACGUGGGCUCCAGUGCAGCUCUAGAGGUGGAGCUAUCCGAUGAUUCUUUUCCUCCUGAAGAUUUUGGAAUUGUUUCCGGAAUGCUGAAUGUGAAAUGGGACAGGAUUGCACCAGCCAGCAACGUCUCUCACACAGUGGUGUUGCGCCCCUUGAAGGCUGGAUACUUUAAUUUUACCUCUGCUACCGUCAGCUACCUGGUUCAGGAGGGAGGACAAGUUGUGGUUGGCUACACCAGUGCUCCUGGACAGGGAGGAAUCUUGGCUCAGAGAGAGUUUGACCGGCGCUUCUCUCCACACUAUUUGGACUGGGCUGCAUUUGGUGUGAUGACGCUCCCCUCCAUCGGCAUCCCUCUGCUUCUCUGGUACUCCAGCAAGAGGAAAUACGAUUCGCCCAAGAGCAAGAAGAACUGAAACAUCUUUGCUCUUUUCAAGAAUGGGGUUGGGGGUGGGAAGGGAAAUAAAAGGGUUUUGUAAAAAAAACAUUGCCCAUACUUGGGGUGAAAACGAAAACUUGGUGACCAAUGGACUUGAUUGUGGUUUGAUCGAACAGAAUAUUUAAGAGAACUUUGGAGCAAGAAGUAGAAGGUGAAAAUCACGUGGCAUCUCUUUAUCUGCAAAUGGUUCAUGUGACGAAACAAUUACAUUAUGCUGUUUUCCAUCACAACUAGUGAGAUGAUCUGAGUAACAGGACCUGCCAGGUGUCUUUCAUGACCCUUUUUGGGAGGAAACAGUGGGUUCUAUUGUGGAGGGCUUGAGAGUAAGGCUGGUUGGCUACCGGUUUAAUCAUUCACAAGUUAGCUAAGUAAUAAUCUCUGUCAGAUAUUGCCUUCAGUAACAUGAAAUUGACCAAAUAGACUAAGAUGAAAAAGAGCAAUUCAGCAGUCAGCCUAAAGGAGACGACACAAACAUCAUGGAAUGAUGUGCCCAUGCUCCAUUCCCUCCAUUGCUGUAAUUGCACUACAACUCAUGAGUCUGGUGAAUCCUUCAGCACACAUGUUCUAAACUCCUACAAUGGGAACUGGCUAAUGGGGGUUACUACUGUAAACAGCUGCUUGUAUUUGCAGUGUGUGUUUCUAAUGAGUUGAUAUGACAUUUGGAGCCCAUUGUUUAAGUUCAAAAUAAAUGAAAACAAGCUACAUGUUUGUUUGUUUUUUAAAGCUGAGCCUGAUUCAUUUCUGGGGGUUUGCAUUCCCUGUUUCCAGUUUAUAUCAUUCCCAUAAAUAAAAACUUAAGGUUA